AGGUGGAGUCGGGUCAAACCAUAUAUCCAUCGGACCAUUGUGUUCUGUUCUUCACAUUCAACUAAAUACCCUUUUACUCAUCUCUUCCUCAUUCUGCAAAGUUCAUACUUCCAACUCUGAAUCUCCAAUGUCUUCUUUGGCUGCACUCAAUGGAGGUUGCCUUUGGAAGUAUCAGGACCAACUGAAGAUUUCUAAAGUAGGGAAGCUCAGAAUUAGAGUUACUUCCAUGGCGUCAUCAUCACCAGCUCAAAGCUUGGAGUUUGCGGAUGGUAAAGCUAACAAAUUGGACAAAUUGCGUAUUGGUGUGCUAGGAGCUAGUGGCUACACUGGUUCAGAGAUUAUUAGACUCCUGCGAGAUCAUCCACAUUUUCAGAUUACUUUGAUGACGGCUGACAGGAAAGCUGGCCAAUCAAUUGAAUCUGUUUUCCCUCACCUGGUCACACAAGAUCUACCAAAUUUAGUCGCUGUUAAAGAUGCAGAUUUCUCUGCUGUGGAUGCCGUUUUUUGUUGUUUACCACAUGGUACAACUCAGGAAAUUAUCAGAAGUCUCCCAACAAAUCUAAAAAUUGUUGAUCUUUCUGCGGACUUCAGACUGCAAGAUAUUGCUGAAUACGAGGAAUGGUAUGGCCAGCCUCACAAAGCAACGGCUUUACAGAAAGAAGCAGUCUAUGGCUUGACUGAGAUUUCAAGGAGAGAAAUUCAAAGUGCACGUCUAGUUGCAAAUCCUGGCUGUUAUCCAACAUCUGUUCAACUUCCUCUUGUUCCCUUGAUAAAGUCCAACCUCAUUGAAGUAAGAAACAUAAUUAUUGACUCAAAAUCUGGGGUUAGCGGAGCAGGCCGUGGUGCAAAGGAAGCUAAUUUAUACACUGAAAUAGCCGAAGGAAUACAUUCUUAUGGUAUAACCAGACAUCGGCAUGUGCCAGAGAUUGAACAAGGAUUAUCAGAAGCUGCAAAUUCAAAAGUUACCGUUAGCUUCACUCCACAUCUUAUGCCAAUGAGCCGUGGUAUGCAAUCGACUAUUUAUGUGGAAAUGGCUCCAGGAGUGACAACUCAGGAUUUGAAAGAACACCUUGGUAACUACUAUGAGCAUGAAGAAUUUGUGGUGUUGCUGAAGAACAAAGAAAUUCCCCAUACUCGACAUGUUAGAGGAUCAAAUUAUUGCCUCAUGAAUGUAUUUCCAGACCGGAUUCCUGGGAGAGCAAUAAUAAUAUCUGUUAUUGAUAAUCUUGUUAAGGGAGCUUCUGGUCAAGCCUUACAGAAUCUUAACUUAAUGAUGGGAAUUCCAGAGAACUUGGGACUCAGUUGCCUGCCUUUGUUUCCGUAGAAUUUUUUUGUCGUUAAAUCCUCCUGAUGGUAUAAGGGGUGCAGCCUAGUGGUUUAGGAUGUGGAUUGAGCACCAUGAGAUCUCAGAUUCAAUUCCCCGCAGAGGCAAAACACUAUGUGAUUUCUUCCCCAAAAAAGAAUAUUGAUGAGUCAAAUUAUGCAUGUGAUGCUCAAAUUCAAGUAUCAACUUCAGAUGUUUACAAUUUGUCCAUACUCUGCUGGACCUGAUCACGUAGCUGCAAGAAACUGGGUGUUUCCUAGCCAAUCUAGUCACUGAAAGCAAAUAAUGGUCCGAAGAGCCUUACAAACUCUUUGGUUUAGUUACAGUUCUUUUUCCCCCACGGAUGAGCAAUACGUUGGAAUGCGUAUAUGAUCAUCCUUGAAAGGCAGCCCUGAACAUCUUUUGACAUUUGUGUUUUCUUUUGUAUCGAAUCUUCC